UAUGCAGCAUAAAGCACUUGCUGUAUGUUACAUCUGCAGAAGAGGUAAGAAGAAUUCCUGAAGCUGCUUGCUAGGGGGGUGGUGUGUGUGGAUUUUUUUUUCCCCACUGCUUGUUUUACAAGCUUUGCAGGCUCUGCCAUCUAGAGCACUUUGUGAGAUCACUCCAGUUUGCUGUUUUUCCUUUUUCCAGCUCUGCGUGUGUGUGCGUGUGUGUAUCCCUCUCGCUCACCCCGUCCGUGCCUGCCCCCCCCCCACACACACACACACAUACAAGAUGAGCUUGCUAAUAUGAACGUGAAGACUUGCAAUGCCAAAAUGCAUGUGGUUCUUCUGGAUGCACUGGGAUCAAAAUCCUUGAAAAGCCUGCAGGCUGCUUAGCCGUCCAAGACUGGGGUUUUUAAAUCAAGCAAGAAAAAGAGCAAGUUAUUCACUUCUGUGUGUGUGUGUGUGUGUGUGUGUGUGUGUGUGUGUGUGCACGCGCGCUUUGGAUUUUACUGAAUAGGAGUCUCACGGAUUCACUCACUUGGACUUCACUGAAUCAGGUUCCAUCUGCCAGCAAUGCUAGUCUGCGAUUUGGGAAGCUGGAGAUCAACCUAGGAUUUUGUCUGAUAUUAUCUCCUUUUGAAAAAGGAUGCGUGGCAUAGAAAGACGGUCUAAGUGCCUGUCUGAAAUUAUUGUACCGAACCAGGGAUAAAUGUUACUUCUCAAAGGUACUGCUGCGUGAUUUACCAUGGAAAAAUUGCUCUGCAGCAUCCUGGUGUUUGGAAUGGCAGUUGCGGUCAAUGCUUGUCCCAAAUACUGUGUGUGUCAGAACCUGUCGGAGUCACUGGGGACUCUGUGUCCCUCCAAGGGCCUCCUUUUUGUACCAUUAGACAUAGACCGAAGGACUGUUGAACUCCGACUCGGGGGUAACUUCAUUGUUAACAUCAACCGACAGGACUUUGCCAACAUGUCUGGCCUUGUUGACCUCACUUUGUCCAGGAAUACCAUCAGUUACAUUCAGCCCUACUCCUUCGCUGAUCUAGAAAGCCUUCGGUCUUUGCAUUUGGACAGCAAUAGGCUGCCCAACAUUGGAGAGGAUAUUUUGAGAGGCUUAAUUAACCUUCAGCACUUGAUAAUAAAUAACAACCAGCUGAGCAGCAUCUCGGACGAAGCCUUUGAGGAUUUUCUGGUGACGUUGGAAGAUUUGGAUCUUUCCUACAAUAACCUCCAAGGUAUCCCCUGGGAAUCUAUAAGGAAGAUGGUAAACCUGCACCAGAUUAGCUUAGAUCAUAACCUGAUAGAUUAUAUUACAGAGGGGACGUUUGCAGAUCUUCAGAAAUUGGCCAGAUUGGAUCUAACCUCUAACAGACUUCAAAAGCUCCCCCCAGAUCCCAUAUUUGCCAGGUCCCAAAUAUCUCCAUUAGAAGCAACUCCAUUUUCUCCACCUCUGUCUCUUAGCUUUGGAGGCAACCCCCUGCAUUGUAACUGUGAGCUGUUGUGGUUAAGGCGGCUUGACAGAGAUGAUGAUAUGGAAACUUGUGCUUCCCCUCCAAAUCUAAAGGGAAGAUACUUUUGGCAUGUACGGGAAGAGGAGUUUGUUUGUGAGCCACCUCUCAUUACCCAGCAUACUCACAAGUUACUGGUUUUAGAAGGGCAAACUGCCACAUUAAAGUGUAAAGCCAUUGGGGACCCAUCCCCAGUCAUUCACUGGGUGGCUCCAGAUGACCGACUCAUUGGGAAUUCUUCGAGGACAGCAGUCUACGAUAAUGGUACUUUAGAUAUCGUUAUCACUACAUCCAAGGAUUAUGGAACUUUCACGUGCAUCGCAGCCAAUGCUGCUGGAGAAUCAACCGCGACCAUUGAGCUCUCAAUUGUGCAGCUUCCACACCUCAGCAACAGUACAGGCCGAGCUGCCCCACCCAAAUCCAGGCUUUCUGACAUCACUAGCUCCAGCAAGUCCAAUCGAGGGGAGACGAAAGGUCCACCAGAAAGGGCUGUCUUGGUGUCAGAGGUGACAACUACCUCAGCUUUGGUCAAGUGGAUGGUGAGCAAGUCAGCCCCCAGGGUUAAAAUGUAUCAGCUGCAAUAUAACUGCUCGGAUGAUGAAGUUCUAAUUUACAGGAUGAUCCCCGCUACAAACAAAGCCUUUGUGGUGAACAACCUUGUAUCUGGAACGGGCUAUGACCUCUGUGUCUUGGCCAUGUGGGAUGACACUGCCACAACACUCACAGCCACCAACGUCGUAGGGUGCGCCCAGUUCUUCACCAAAGAGGACUAUCCUCAGUGCCAGUCCAUGCACAGCCAGUUCCUGGGUGGGACGAUGAUCUUAGUCAUUGGAGGCAUCAUUGUGGCGACUCUACUGGUGUUCAUCGUCAUACUCAUGGUCCGGUAUAAAGUUUGUAACAAUUCCCAGGGGAAGAUGGCCAAUGUCAGCAAUGUCUACUCACAGACUAAUGGAGCUCAACCUGUUCAAAAUGGGGUCCUGCCCCAAGUCAACCCCAAAGUGGUGGUAAGAAAUGAACUCAUGGAGUUUAACUGUGAGUCUGUACAGAGCAGCAUCUCCUCCUCUUCUAGUUCAGCGAAUAGCCGUGACUGUGAUGACUAUAGCCUUCAAAGUGAACAAGGCACAUUGUCCAGUAAGUGGAGGCCUCCUUCUAGGUCAAAACAUAACAUUGAUCGGCUAAUGGGAGCUUUUGCCUCCCUGGAACUGAAGUGUCAGAAAAAGGAGGACACGGUAGACUCCAGAACUUCCACAGUGGCCCGCCACUCGGACAAAGAGCCACUUCUGGGCCAACAGGAGUCAAAAUUCCGCAGUCUCCUCAUGUUACCACUGGAGGGGAAAACUAAACGUAGCCAUUCUUUUGACAUGGGGGACUUUGCCACAUCUCAAUGUUGCACCUAUCCAAAAAAGAUAACAAAUAUUUGGACAAAGCGCAGCCUCUCGGUGAAUGGCAUGCUCUUGCAGUAUGAUGACAAUGACUUAGCAGGGGCGAAAGGGACUUAUGGGAGUUCAGAAUGGGUAAUGGAAAGCACAGUGUAAAUAAGAGCUUCUCCCCCUCGCUUCUCCCUAAUUACAUCAAAUGUAAUAAAAUUUGGUUUUGUUGAAAAGCCAUCAAAAUGAAAAGGGGUGGGGGGGACAUGCUCAACGACGUUGGAGAAAAGAAAAAAAGAGAGAGAGAGAGAUAAACAAAAUAAGUUAACAAAAGAGGAAAAAGGUAAUGAAAUGCUAAUAAGCACGUGUGGCCCCAUUAAUACCCGAUCCCAACAAAACUGAGUGUGAACAUUUCAAGGAAUUUACCAGUCGUAUUUAGCAUUGCUUUCCAAAAGUCUCCUGGCCUCCCGGUGACCCGACAAACAAGAUUAAACGAGGAUUAAAGUGGGGUUAGCAGCACAUACUUAAUUCAAAGGGUUUGGGGGGUUUUUUCUUCCCUUUUGGUAGCCUGUGAAGUACACUCCCAUGGAUAGAAGACUGAUGCAAGUAUGUCACUGCCUGUAAUUGCGCUUGUCAUCACAGAACUACACUAAGGGCAUCUGUGGGGACAGAACAGACCAAUUUUUCAGCUUAAUCUCUUGGUGUUAUC